UCCAUAUUGAGAGGAGACAGGAGAAGACCGAGAAGACACCCUGGGUGGCUGUUGGUUGGUGGUUCAUGAUUUUGCAAGCAAAAAGGUCGCAGCAGAAGCAUUACCAAUACUAUUAUUACUACUACUAUCAACUAUAACUAUAUGAGUAUACCAACAACUGUCUCAAAGUGUACGACAUCCUUUGACGUAGAGACGUCAACAAAACGUCAAAGUGUGUUAUUAUGUUAUUGGCACCGAGGUUUAAUCAGGUUGCAUAAAACGAGAAGUGCUGUUUGCGAAUUUCUACAGUUGUUAUCGCGUCGAAGCGCACUGUUAUGUGUACGUAAGGAAUUAGUUGAAGGCAUAAUUAGUUGAAGAGAGCAUCGAUAUGGGGCUGAUCGACGGAAUAGGGGAUGAAGUGCUGCACUUCUUCAUAGCCAUAUCGCUGAUUUUAGUUGUUACCAUCGCUUGGGCUACCACAAACAUAAGGCAGCAAUGGAACAUGAGGGUGGUGUAUCUGCUGGACAGGAGUGGCAGGAUCAGGUCCAGCCACACUCUGUCCAAUCACUUGGAAUCAGCCACAAUCUCUGAAGGGACUGAUCCUGGGGAGGUGAUGAGGAAUGCACCACCUUCUGCAGUCACAGAGGAUGUAUUGAUACCAACAACAGCUGAGGAACCACCAGAGCGCGGCGAUAGCUCGGUGGAGGAAGACAAUGAUGAUGAUGAUGACGACGAUGAGGAUGAAGUGGACGCAGAUAUAAACGAGAUUGUGGAAACGAUGGAUAUGCCUUUCAUCGAAAACUCAGUGUUUUCCGAAGGAACAGAGAGGUGUCUGCUCUAGAAUCCCGUUGAAGAGAUUGCUGCGUCUGAAGAAAUAGUUGGAGAUGCUCCACAAAUGGAACAACAACAACAGCCACAACCAUCUGCACCUCAGCAGCAGCAGCAGCAGCAACAACAACAACAAGAAAUUACAAUUAAAUUAAAAUUUAUAAACGAUGAUUUGAAGAUCGUCAAUGGGCGUUUGAGCGAAAUGCUCGGCGAUUUCAAGAGGAGACACUUUGAAGAUGAACUCUCUUCGAAUAAGCUGGUGCGUCUGAUAUUCAACGGACAGGUGUUGCAGAGGGAUUCUGAUACUCUGCAGAGUUACGGCAUAUUCGACAACUGCGUCGUCCACUGUCUCGUUUACCAGCAGAGGGAAAACGCUCAGGACUCUACGCUCAACGCCAACAUUAAUAAUAAUAAUAACAACAACAACAACCAGCAACGGGAAUGGGAUCUGGGGAACCUGUUCAUAGCCACAGUCAGCUUCUCGCUGGGAACGGCUUGGUACUUUAGAUACCAAUACCCGCAGCUCUUCACCGUGACCGCGACGGCCGGUCUGAUCACCAUGACCGGCGUCUUCACGGUUCUCUCGAUAAGCAGUUACUUUCCUGACCCGAUGCCGCCGUUGCAGGAGGACAUCCCGCCGCAACUGCACCGGUUGCAACCCAUCCACCGCUGAACAGACUUAUUAUUAAUAUUAUUUUUUUGAUGAAGAAGAACAAACUGAAUACGUUCGAUGUAGGCAACACCCAUGCAACCAGUCGAUUUUCCAAACUGAAUUUGUUAUCAUUUCUUUCAAUAUAUAUAUAUAUAAAAGUUAAACGGAA